AUGCCUUAUUCAGUAUAUGAACACCUUGGGCUAGGGGAAUUGAAGCAUAUCUCUACAUCUUUGCAAUUCUCGGAUCGCUCUGUGAAGUACCCAAGAGGGAUUAUUGAAGAUGUACUCAUUCACGUUGAUCACUUUAUCCUCCCUGCUGACUUCGUCAUCUUGGAUAUGGAAGAAGCUGAAAUUUCAGGUCGCGAACUCCCUCUCAUCCUUGGCAGACCUUUUAUGGCCACUGCAGGUACAAAAUUGAUGUUAAAUCAGGGUUUACUAACCAUGACUGUGCAAGAUAUCACUGUCAAUUUUCAGGUCUUUGAAGCUUUGAAGAGACCCAUAGAUCCUUAUGAUUGUUUUCACCUCGAAGUUAUGGAUCGCAUUAUAGAGAAUACAUUCAUUGAAUCAAGCCUAAAAGAUCCAUUGGAAAUAUGCAUCUCACAACAUGGAAUGAGUUUUGAGAAGGCCACCAUUCUUGCAGCAGAGGAAGAUCUCAAUGCUGUGACAUCAUAUCUCCCUUGGAGCCAACCUAAGUUUGAAAUUUUGCCCUCUUCACAUGCCAAACUCAUUCCUUCCAUUGUCCAACCUCCAAAGCUCGAACUCAAGCCCCUUCCAACGAUUUUGAAGUACGUAUACUUGGGUGAUUCAGAGACUCUUCCUGUUAUUAUAGCUGCUGACUUAGUCAAACUGAAGAAGAAAAAUUGA